AUGAGGCCCACCGAUUCUGGAUUUAGCUUGAUCAACGAUCGUGUGAUUUCCACCACGAGGAAGAACUUUGGUGAUCUUGGCGCAUCUUGGGCAUUGACGACUGCAUUGCACUACUUCUUGAUGUAUUCUUCAAAAGCUUUCCCAAGGGAGAAGUUGAGAUCGGAAAGGGCCAUACUGAAAAGUGGCCGCCGAGAUCGGAGUGAUCACCGGCGGGAAGUGGCCACCGGGGUCGGAAUGACCACCGGCCCAUUCGACACAUCUAGUGGGUUCUUCAAAAUGUUUGCAAGCUUUAUCUCAUUUUUCAGAACCGAAGAAAUGCAGAACCUCGCCUACUUCCGCGUCAACUACGCCGCGCUCGUCGCGCUCUCCCUCGCGGUCUCCCUCCUCGCGCACCCCUUCUCCCUCGCCGCCCUCCUCGCGCUCCUCGCCGCCUGGUGCUUCCUCUACCUCCUCCGCCCCGCCGACGCCGCCCCGCUCAACGCCUUCGGCCGCACCUUCUCCGACAGGGAGACGCUCGGGGGCCUCAUCGCCGCCUCCGUCUUCGUCGUCUUCCUCACGUCUGUCGGUGGGAUCAUCUUCUCCGCGCUGGCGCUCGGCGCCGCCGUCGUCUGCGCGCACGGUGCCUUCCGCGUGCCUGAGGAUCUGUUCCUCGACGAGGUGCCCGACCAGGGCCUCGUAGGAAACGGCGCCACCAUCAACCUCCUCUCCUUCAUCAACGGCGCUGCCGGAGGAGGAGGACGCGUCUGA